AUGCAUGCUAAACCUGUGUCUCCUAUUCGUAAACCAACUGUUAGAAAAAAGUGUCAAUGCUCUAUCUGUAAAAGCAAGACACUAGAAUUUGAUCAUGUAUCUAUUAAAACAUUUAAAUGUCAUCGAGAAAAAGAUAAUUAUGAUAUUACACAUGUUCAAACACCCCAUGAAGACACAUGCGAUACAAUUAGUAGUGCUGUUUCUGAGCCUGUAAAUCAAGAGGAAGAUAGUUUUGAAUUUGAACAGGAAAAUGCUGAAAUGAAUUCUGAGUUUAGAAACCUAAAUGACACAAAUGACAUUUUGGAUAUACGGACAAGAAACCAACCUUUCUCUGAAAUGAAUUGUGUGUUUGGCCCUGAAGAUAAUGUCCAGUAUAUAAGUGACACUUACGAAGAAGAAGAAGAAUAUGAAGAUGAAUCCGAUGUUGAGAUGGACAAUGAUGAAGAUUCUUCAUUGGAAUCAAUCUCGGAAUUGAAUUUGAUUCACCGAUUCAUUGUUAUUUUAGUUGCUCUUUUUGUCUCACUAUACGUCGUGGAUGAAGGAGCUAUAAUCCUGAUUGUCAUAAUCAACAAGAUCCUGCAGUUUUUGUUUGACCUAUUCCGCCUUCCCAUGAGUGUUGCUGGCCUCAAACGUUUGGCCGGAUUUGAAGUGUUGACAAGUGGUGUCAAGAAGUAUGUUGCAUGUAGCAAAUGCCAUGCCAUAUAUGAUAAUGAAGCCGCCCCUUUGUGUUGUACAUCACCCAAUUUUGGCACUGCCAAAAGAAUGCUGGAGAGAUGGGUUGCAGAUGGAUUAAUCGACAAUAAAAAACUCGUUGCCAUGCAAAAGGUUGUUGAGAAGGUAGUGUUGCCACCCGAUUACACGUCACUUGGGACAAAGAUUGCCAAGGGAUUUUCCUAUAUGAAGGCUGAUGAGUGGAAGUCUUGGUGCCUUGUGUACUCUCCUGUGGUUCUAAGGGAUGUGUUGCCGUUGCCAGAGUUCAAGAACUGGAUAGAGUUUGUUAACUCAUGCAGAUACUUCACCAAGCCUAGUGUUUCUGAAGAAGACAUUGAGAAAGGACACAAAUGCUUAGAAGAAUUCUGUAAAGGGUGUGAGACAUUCUACUACCUGGACCUUCUCUCUCCCAACAUGCACCUGCAUCUGCACUUACGCCAAACAAUGAUUGACUUUGGGCCCGUCUAUGGCUAUUGGCUUUUCAGCUUUGAAAGCUUCACAGAAUCUUUCAAUGACAAUUCGUGGAAACAAGCCCCUGCCAUCAUCCGCCUUGCCAUUGAAAACAAGACCAUUAUCAUUUAUGCCAAAACAUGA